UCCAUCCGUGUCUCUGUAAUGCUUUAUCCUGUGCUGACCCAUGUGCACGCUGCAGACCUAGAAGAGAGUGAAGUGAUGGCACACGAUGGAGAGGAGAGACAGAAAAUGAAAGAGAGAAGGAGAGAGGGAGGAGAGGGAUAGAUGUGCUGGCAUGUAGUGGGUUGGUAAUGACAGGAAUGCAGUGACGUUCGCACAGAAAGUGACACAAUAGGCACUGUUACAGAGAGAAAAGAGAGAAAAUCAGAAAGGAUGGAGUUAAUAUCAUGCUUCCACUCAGAGUAUUUCUUGUGCUUUUCUGAAAUAGGUUUUGAGGUUUGUAGGUUUUAUAGAAAUAAAUUCCUGAAUAUUUCUUUUUCUAAAACCUCCAAACCCAAGAUGAGUCAAGCUCAAAGGGAGGCUAUUGUGAAUUCUACCUCUUUGAGAUACAAGUAGUGCUAAAUGUAUUGUGUUUUCCUCUUAUAAUUUCAUUUAAAACUGUGAGUGUCCCUACAGUUUUACUUUGCAUUUGGUUUAUUUGCACCCAAUACGUGUCUGCCACUUUAGUACAGACUAAAAUAUUUCAGCUAUAUUGAAACUUGGCAGUCACGCUGUAGUCAUGCUGCAAAGAACAACUUUGUACCUGUACUGUUACCUUCAAACAGAUGUAGCCUGCAGGUUUCACUACGCUGGCUGUUCAAGGUGAUCCUGAUGUACGGAGUAAAGGACGUCAUUGGUGGAGAAGGAAGUUCACCAGUUUCUACGUUGACCCACCUCAACUUCACUACCCACUUUUAUCAGGACCUUAUAAAUAGUGAAUAAGAGAUAAGACAUGCAUCACACUCUGGAGCGACAUCCAGGGAGUCACUUUUAGCUUUUACUGUGGUAGAGAAUGAGACAGGGGACAAGACGGACAGCACACACCUGAAGGGGCCUCACAGUCUUUGGGGAGGGAGGAGAAAACAAUUAUUACUGUUCGAAGGAAGGAAGAAGAGAAGUAAAGGGUAGAGUUGAAUAAAGGAAAGAAAAGGUCUGCCGUGGAUCCUGGUCAUUACAGCGCGUCAUCAUGGCCACCUUGAAGGAGAAGAGGACCUGUGGGCAGCGAUGUGAAGACUUUGGCCGUUUUGUCUGGAACUCAGACAAUGGGACAUUUAUGGGGAGGACACCAGUGAAAUGGGUGUACAUCAGCUUGUAUUACUUGGCGUUCUACGUGGUGAUGACGGGCCUUUUUUGUUUGGCCAUCUAUGUGCUCAUGUACACCUUGGAUCCGUACGCGCCUGACUACCAAGACCGGCUAAAAUCGCCAGGGGUGAUGGUGUGGCCGGACACUUAUGGAGAGGAGAAAGUUGAAAUCAACUACAACACAUCAGACAAGUGCAGCUGGAUGAAGAUGACCAACAUCCUUAAUAAGUUCCUGGAGCCCUAUAAUGACACUGCACAACACGAAUGUUACAACCAUAACUGCACCAAGGGAAAGUACUACAUCCAGAACACCUUCUCUGCCCCUGACCACACAAAGUGGGCAUGUUCCUUCACCAAAAGCAUGCUGGGACCCUGCUCAGGACACGAGGACCCGACCUUUGGCUACAACUGCAGCAUGCCGUGUGUCGUGAUUAAGAUGAACAGGAUCAUCAACUUUUUGCCAACUAAUGAAACUGAGCCUCCCCCAUAUGUCAACUGUACGAUACUGGAAGGACAUGGCAAUGUGGACAAAAUGGAGUAUUUCCCUGAAGGGGGGAUUAUGGAUCGCUCCUACUUUCCUUAUUAUGGAAAACAGGCACAGCCUAUGUAUGUCAACCCGUUGGUGGCCGUUCGUUUCCACCUGGUCGGAGAGAGGUCGGCCAAGAUCCAGUGCAGAGUGGUCUCCCACCAGAUCAGCUACGAAAACUACCACGACCCCUACGAGGGAAAAGUCGACUUUUCCCUGAAAGCAGUGAAAUGAGAAACAGAAGAGAAAAUACUCAGAUAUCUCAUAAUCGUGUCGCCUGUCAGCAUGACAGACCGAGAAGGUGUCCACACAUCAACAACCUUCAAACUACUUAUCCUAAACUUAACCCAACACUGCAGCCACACUUUAAUCUCUGUGCUGUGUGGUGCUUUUAUUUUCAGGUAAUUUCUCAUGUGUGAUUCAUGAACUUCUUUGUAUACUGACUUUUAGAUUUUGCCACGUAUUAAACAGUAACAUCUAUAAACCUAAAGGAUAUGUGAGGAAAACUCAAGUGGAGUCAUUAUGACUAGAUUCUUGAGGUUAAUUGGGAUUUUUUUUGAAGUGCUAAAUUGGUCCUUAGACAUAUCUAAACGAAAUAAUAACAUUUCUAAAUAAAAAUGUA